AUCAACACAUCCCUGCUGGAAAGAAUAUUGACAACGAAGAGACUGAAGGACAAAACAAAGACGUGUUUAAAAUAAAGUGGGACAGAGAAGCAAAGAAAAUCGCAAGGAAGAAUCUCAAGAGUUGAACCAAGAAGAGACAAAGGACAUAUAACAGAAUGUCUUGGUGCACUAUGGCGUCUGUGCGAGUUGAGCUGACCGGUAUCUCUCUGUCAGUGCUGGGCUGGGUGCUGAGCGUGAUCAGCUGUGCUCUGCCCAUGUGGAGGGUCUCCACCACUGAUGGUUACGACACCGACACCAUUCAGACUCUCUGGGAGGGUCUGUGGAUGAGAUGUGUGGCUCAAAGCGCAGGGCAGAUGCAGUGUGAGGACUAUCAAUCCUGGCUGUAUUUACCUCAGGAACUGCAGGUCACCAAGGGACUAGCAAUAGCUGCCGUCUUUGUGGGUGCAGUGGCACUCCUCAUUACCAUGGUGGGAGCAAAGUGCACGGCCUGGAUCGAGACCGAGUGGCUCAGAGCCAGAGUACUGGGCUCCUCUGGAGGGGUGUUCAUCACUGCAGCUCUCAUCCAGUGUGCAUCUGUUUUGUGUAUAGCACUAGUCACCUCUGGAGAGAAUAAUCAGAAGAAUGGGGCGGCUCUGUAUCUGGGUGCUGUCUCCUCGAUCCUGCUGCUAAUCGGGGGAUUGGUGCUCUGCACAAGGUGUCCUUCGUAUAAAGACAAACCAAAGAGUAGAGAUGAAACAAAGAGAUACAACACUUACCCCCAGACUUGUGUCAUAUACUCUGCUACUCCAAGCUCAACGGCUCAAAGAUCCCACCACAAAAACGACUAGAUCUGAGGUAGGAGAACAAGACUGGAGAAGGAUUAAGAAGAAUUGCCACCUAUUUUUAUUUUUAAGAAUUUUCAGACAUAUUUUUCUAAGUUUUAAAUUUCAGAGAAAAUGUAUAUAAAUAUAGUUCAGUAAUAAUCACACUGGUUUAAAUGGAGACAAUACAAUAGUUUACUGGUAAAAGAUAAAAGCUAAAACAGCUGGAUGGACAUUUAAUUGUAUCCCAGAGAAGAACUGUUCUUUUAUAGAUGUAUUUUUUUUUGUCUUUACAUUUGGAUCCAUGAGGAUGUUUGUCAUUGUACUGAUCAG